AUGAACCGUUUCGCCGUCUGGGUGGCUCUCGUAAGCCCACUGUUGCUCCUUGGGGCAUGUUCCGGUGGCAGACAGGUCGAAGGCCACGGUGAACAGGACGCACACUACUGGAAGCAUAUGGCGCACGAGCUGCUGUACGAGAAGAAGGAUUACACGAUGCAGAAGAUAAACAUAGCCAAAAACAUCAUGGUGUUCGUCGGGGCCGGCAUGUCCCAGGCGACGGUGACGGCCGCCCGGUUCUACAACGGGGGCGAUAAUGAAACGUUUGCCUUCGAGCGGCUGAAGUGGAGCGGAAACGCACGGACGUACUGCGUGGAUAGCCGAGUGCCGGACAGUGCCUGCGCCGGGACGGCCUUCCUGACGGGUGUGAAGUCAAACUUCGGCACCGUGGCCAUGGAUCCGACCGUCCAACAGGGCGAAUGCACGACGGAUUCGGCGAAAAAACUCAGCUCCAUCGCGAAGUGGGCCCUCGAGGCGGGCAAAGCGGUCGGUCUCGUAACGACGUCACGCGUAACGUCCGGCUCGAACGCGGCCCUGUACGCCAACAGCCCGGACAGCCGCUGGGAAGCGGACGUCGACGUUACCGAGGCCGGUUGCAACGUGGCCACCAACCCGGACAUUGCCCAUCAGCUCGUCCACGGUGACAUCGGCAAACACUUCAAGGUCAUUUUCGGUGGAGGGCGAAAGAAUUUCAUCCCCACUUUCCAACCGGACGAGUCCGGCCUGUACGGAAGGCGAACCGACAGCAAGCACCUUAUCCAGGAGUGGCAACAAUCGAAGCAGAACAUGAACGCAACCUACAUCGCAACGGCGCAAGAACUGACUAACCUGGACACGUCGAAGCUCGACUAUCUUCUCGGACUGUUCGAUUACGACCACCUACCCUUUAGCGCGGACAUCGCGAACGAAAGCGCGACUCCACCACUCGUCCGACUGGUGCACUACGCGCUCGAGAUGCUACAAAAGCCGACCCACACCAACGGCUUCCUUUUGUUCGUCGAGGACGGCAACAUCCGCCGAGCGAACGGACAGAACAAACCCCGAAAGGCGUUCGAACAGGUGCGCCACUACGCCGACGCAUUCGGCAUGGCCAAAAUGAUGGCCAACGAACUGGACACUCUCUUCAUCUCGAUGAACGACGUCGGCAGUACGCUCACCCUGCCCGGAUAUCCUGCUCGGGCGACUGAUCCUUUGGCCACCCCUGCCGGCAUCAGUGACGCCGACAAUCUGCCUUAUCUCGGGCUAUCUUACGCCACCGGACCUGCUCAUUCCAGCUUCUAUCGGGUAGGAACGGGUCGGCUUGAUCCGCUGGCCGUCUUGCUGGGGAUGGGAAACGAGAUCGAAAGGACCUGCCCGGCUGUGGUCCCACUAUCGGAAGGUGUUGAUGGUGGCGAGGAUGCCAGCGUGUACGCAGCAGGUCCGUGGGCGUUUAUGUUGUCCGGAGGCUACGAGCAACACUUCGUGGCGCAUACGAUUGCCUUUGCGUCAUGUAUGGAUGGGGCGUGUGAUGGUGCGGCCACGAUGGUCCUCUUUUCGGCCACGACCCUGAUUGCUGCGAGCCUUGGAAUGCGAUGGAUUAUAGCGUAGGGCCUCGCAGCCCACCGGAGUUAAUGAUAAGGACCGAGGGCGUUGAUUGCGCACGCCUCGUUUAUGAGACCGAAGCAUCCACUUUUACUGAAA